CGCUUAUCCCGCCCCCUCUUCCACGGUGAGAUUCCUCUUCUACAUUCUACAUUCCUGGCCGCUUUUCGCAACAAGGAUAUAGUUAAUUACAAUGAGGUUGGUUUGAACCCUAAAACCAAUCUUCGUCGUCCAGCGGCUUCGGUAUUCUCUGGAAGAAGAGACAUUCUGUGCGAUGGAAAGGAAACGUCUCAUUCGCAUCCGGCAUUGAUCACGACUGGCCUGGGAGGGUAUGUCCAAGCCUAUGAACUUUCUAUAGCGCAUGCUGAUUAAUCUAUGCGUUUUAGAACUCAGUUUGUGUUUUCCUUAUUUUUUGGCCAGGCAGUGAGCCAUCUGAAGUCCUUUGGACUCAACCCGUUAGAGAUAGCAGUCACCUUGUUAUCGGGUCCCAUAUGCGGUGCAGUCUUUCAACCGUAUUUUGGGGGUUGGAGUGACCAAUGUCGGUCCUCUUGGGGAAGGCGGAAGCCAUUUAUCCUUAUUGGAACUGUGGCCCUUGUUUUCUCGAUGUUGUGUCUAGCCUGGGCAGACUCGAUCGUGAAUUUGUCAACCCAAGCAUUUCUACCUCGCAACACAUCAAAUGGGGUCAUUGAGGCUACUCUGGCCAUUAUUUCCAUGUUAUUGACCUUCAUAAUAUUUGUGGCCAUCCAGGCCAUCCAGGUUGGGCUCCGAGCGCUGAUUACCGAUAACUGCACGCCAAUCCAACAAGCGGAGGCAAAUACCUGGGCUGGCCGGCAUAUCAACUUUGCGGGAGUAUUGGCGUACCUUGCAGCAUACUUGGAUUUACCUCGACACAUAAACGGCAUUGGCAAAACAGUUUUUGCCCACACAAGCAUAUUGACAAUAGUAUAUCUCACCAUGACAAUUACCAUUACUUGCUGGUACAGUACUGAGAAACAGUAUGCGGCUCCCACAUCAAACAGGAUACGUCAUUCGGCGAGUUUCCGAAUGCUACGGAGUUUGUCGCUCGGCCCAUACACUCAAGUCAGGACUAUCUGUGUUGUGCAAUUCUUUUCUUGGCUUGGCUGGUUUCCUCUCUUAUUCUAUACGGUGACUUAUGUCACAAGCUUGCAAGGCUCUCACACGGCAGAAUACGGCGAUAUGGGCGCGUUGGCUCCACUUGUCCAUUCGAUCAUCUCAUUAAUUGUGGCAGGUCUGUUGCCAAACCGACUAUCCACCGGCGUCUCAAGUUCCGAAAUAAAUAGUGCGGUCUGGCUCAACUCUCGCAACAUAUGGAUCGCAUCCAACUGUAUUUUCGCGAUAUCAAUGCUUAGUACAUUCUUCGUCACAUCUGCCUUCGGGACGGUACUUCUCUUUAGCAUUGUCGGUGUUAGCUGGGCUGUUACUUCCCGAGUACCAUAUACCCUCCUGGCCGAAGAGUUGUCCCGACCGUCUACACAUUGGAACAAGGAAGAUUUAUCAGAUAGCAAAGGUUUGAUAUACGGCAUUCAUAACCUCGCUAUUUGCCUACCCCAGAUUUUAGUCAUGUGUACGAUGGGAAUGGUCUGGGCGGUCACAGAAACGCAGGAUGGGUCUCUGGGCAUCGUCUGGUUUCUCCGCCUUGGCGGUGUGUCUACCAUGCUGGCUGCUUAUUUUGCCACGAAGCUGGUUGAGACGGUGUAGGUCAAGAGCGUACAAGCUAAACAGUGGCGACACGAGCAUAUCAUUUAUUAUUAGACUUCUAAAAUGCAAACCAAGAUUUCAGUCACCGCAUAUGGUCGGCUUUCUUACGGCUCAUAAACCAGGGGCGGGCUUUCUGAAUACUAGCUGGCAAUGUAGAUUGGUAUGCUAUCUUAAGGGCUCGACAUAGAGUCUGACUAAUCGGCUUAGCAAAGACUUUUGUGGUCAUGAUGUCGAGCGCGUGAACAUCGAAGUAGAAUAUGUGGGUUAAGCUUGUCUUUCUUAAUGGGACAACAAACC